AUGCAAAUAGCACGUUGGGGGCACACUGCAUCCGUGUUAUCUGAUGGAAAAGUGUUAGUAACUGGCGGAUCGAAUAACAGUGCAGAAUUAGUGUUAGUUAUCAGUAAUUCUAAUAAAGCUGAAUUAUAUGAUCCAACCACAGCAUCUCUAUUAAGCAAUGGAAACGUAUUAGUGACCGGUAGAGUUGGUAUUUAUGACGAAUCAAAAAGUGCAGAAGUGUACGAUUCAUUAACAAAUAAUUGGACAUCGAUUAAUAACAUGAUCUAUGCCCGAUAUUAUUACACAGCGACUGUUUUGUCUAAUGGAAACGUGUUAGUGGCGGGUGGUCUAUAUGGACUAAAUGAAAGUUUGAAUACUACUGAGCUAUAUGAUCCAUCAAUAGGAUUAUCAACAAAUACGAAUGAUAGUCGAAAAGUCGGUGGGUUUCCAUGGAUUCGUUGGCAUCAAACGUUUGAUGUCGGAUAUGUACCGAAUCAUGUUGUCCCGAAUGUUUUCAUGGCUGUUGCUUUGGACUUACGCGAUGAUCCGAAUAACGUUCAUCCACGGACGAAGCAUGAUGUUGCCUAUCGUUUAUCUCGCGCAGGUCUUGCUGUUGCUUAUAAUCGCUCAAUCGAAUUUCAAGGUCCUAUUGUGUCCAAUGCAAAUGUAUCGAGUGAUAGAGAACGAAUCUAUGUUACAUAUACAGCUGUUGCGGAUAUGGUUUUCCGAAAUUUAGACGGAUUUGAAAUCUGCUGUCAAGGCGUCACAUGUGAAACGAAUGACGAUGUGUGGAUACCAUCAUCGAUUUCCGAUAAAAGCGAUCUAACCCUCAUUAUCAGAAUCCGAAAUGCAUGUACAGGCAAACCCAUUUAUGGCAUUCGUUAUCUAUGGCAUGAAACGCCAUGUCCAUACAAACAAGCAGCUAUAUAUAGUGUCACAGAUCCGAAUCUACCUUCCCCACCUUAUAUGAAAAUUUUUUGA